UUGAUUUCGACCAAAUCGAUAUGACUUAAUCUUAUCUGUAACAGAUAAUGUGUCUUGUGCGACCGUACUGUAUACAGCAUACGUUUCUUACUCGUUUAGUCGCCGUUUUGAUUGCUAUCCGUUUAGACACGUUCUGAAUUCCGUAGUUAAAAAUGUCAAAUAAAAGAAGACGCUGUUUCACUAUUGCUGAAAAAGUGAAAAUAAUUGAACGUUUAGAAUGUGGUGUUUCUAAUAAAGAUCUUUGCCAAGAGCUAGGAAUUAGUCAAUCAACACUAUCUACCAUAUGGAAAUCAAAAGACCAAAUAAAAAGCGUUUUUCAAAAAGACGUGACAUCUAACAAAAGGUUAAAAUGUAGCCAACAUCAAGACGUCGAACUGGCUCUCUUUGAAUGGUUCAAAAUACAACGAUCUAAAAAUAUUCCAAUAAGUGGUCCGAUACUUCAAGAAAAAGCGACCGAAUUCGGGAAGCGUUUUAAUAAAAUCGAUUUUCAAUGUUCUUCUUCUUGGAUUACCCGUUUUCGUCAAAGACACAAUAUCGUUUUUGGAAAAAUAAGUGGAGAAUCGUCAAGCGUUCCUGUUGGUGUUUCGGAAAAUUGGCUGGAACACGUUUGGCCUAAUUUGCGUAAAAAUUAUGCAGAUUGUGACAUUUAUAACGCUGAUGAAACUGGAUUGUUUUAUCGUCUAACACCAUCUCAAACAUUACGUUUUAAAGGGGAAACAUGCAGUGGUGGUAAAUUAUCUAAAGAGCGACUCACAAUUCUUGUAGCCUCUAAUAUGACUGGUUCUUACAAACAAAAAUUGUUAGUAAUUGGAAAAUCUAAGACUCCGAGAUGUUUUAAAAAUGUCAAAAACUUGCCAGUCGACUACAAAAGCAAUAAAAAAGCAUGGAUGACCGGUGACAUAUUU